AUGGAAGAGCGUUCUAAACUGCUCAGAGAGGUUGUGGGUUUGUCAGAAACCGAUGUUUCAGACAUCGAAAAGGUGUUAGAAAUGAAACCUUCUCUGAAAAUAGAAGUCACUUACAAAACAGAAGGGGAAGAAGGUAUUCAAGAAGGUGACGUUACAACAGUUCAAGCUUGGAUCACUCUGAAACGUUCCAAUGGACUCAUAGGCGCGAUUCCUCACUCGCCUUACUUCCCUGUUCUGAGUGUAGCCAUUACGGGAGAUACUGUUCUUUUAAAAUUUGAGAAAUCAAAAAUUGCUCUCAUCGAUGGUCUUAAACGUGUAGACGACAUUAUUCCUAGCUCAAUUGGGUCACAGAACAGGAACUUGGUUGCGUUAAAGAAAGGAAGCACGGGUUUUGCUGAGCACGACGAUCAUCUUGAGGCUAAGGAGUACAAGCAUUUAGGUAGUGGCUCUGGCUUGGGGGCUUGUGAGGCUGGUUAA